ACUGCCUACAGCGUUUCCAACUCAUAGCAUUAAGAGCAACGAAAAACGUCAGACCAUCGGUGCUGUCAUCCUUCUUUCAACACAAACAAUAACAAGUGUGUCCACCGCUGACACUGUUACGCAUCCUAGCCCUUACGAGUUGACCAUCGAUACGUAUCCUUCUGCCGACCCUUCUCAAUAGCAAGCUCUGCAGAUUUUGGCGUUAGGUCGGCUUUGUUGGCUUUGUUGGCAGCAGAAGCGGAGGAGCGGCUCAAGGGAAGCAAGUAGCAAAAGGAGCUUCAGUGGAAAAGGCAUUGACAAGAGCGGCCCUGGGGGAGAGCAACUAGCAGGCGAGCAGAUAGCUCAAGGUGCCGCAGCUCUGUGGCAGCCGACGAUAUUGCCACAAAGUGUCACCCGGGCGACUGUGUUGCCGGCCAUCGGUAAACGACAUAGUGGACAACUGCAGUUAGAUCGGAGAUCAGUUGGCCAUCCUCCAGCCAACAGAGGUCCCCAAUUACACCUAACGCAGCGCUGAAAGCUUCUUGCCCGCCCACCGCGCAGUCGGGUGGGCGGAGCAGCAUCGUCCUUUAGACCCUGCUUGCCUAGGGGCCCCGGCGCCGGCUGCCUGCCGCGCCGCGGGCGCACAGCCUGUAAGAUAUAGCGCGCCCAGUCGCACCUAGUUCAACCAGCUUAGCAGCAGCAACAACCUAGCAGCAGCAGCGGAGCAGGAGGAGCAGCCAACAUGGGGGAUUAUGGAACCAUGUGCCCGGUGUUCCGGCCCACGAAGGAGGAGUUUGAUCAGCCCUUUUGCGAUUACAUGAGGAAGAUCUUUCGGAAGCACCCGGACCUGCCCAUGUUCAAGGUGGUGCCCCCGCGCGGCUGGAAGCCCCGGCGCACCCCCUUCCCGGACCUGCGCAGGGUGACCAUCAACUGCCCCAUCAGGCAACACGUCUUUGGGACAAAGGGCGCCUAUCGCUGUGUGUUUGUGGAGCAGAAGCCCAUGACGGUGGCGGACUUCAAGCAGGCGGCGGAGACGGAGGCGGCGCGGCUGCGGGGGGGUCCGGGGGCGCAUGGGGUGCAUGGAGCGCAGCAGCAGGGGGAGGCGGGCGGGCAGGGGGCGGCAGGAGGAGCAGCGGGAGGGGUGCGCAGCAGCACCAGGAGCACCUCGGCGGGGCGGAACAGGGCGCCGGUGGAGACGGCGGGGGGCAGCAGGGCUGCUGCUGCUGCCGCGGACGCUGGUGAUGGCGCCGAGGGGGGCGGCGCAGUCGACCCGGACGCAGUUGACGCGGACCUGGAGCGCUCCUUCUGGGCCAAUGUGACGCUCAACCCGCCCAUGUACGGCGCCGACACGCCCACCAGCUUCUUCGAUGACAAGCUGUCGUACGGCUGGAACCUGCAGAACCUGGGGGACCUGCUGCAGAGCAACCCCAAGGUGGACCAAGUGCCAGGCGUGACCACCCCCAUGACCUACUUUGGCAUGUGGCGCUCCUUCUUCGGCUGGCACAAGGAGGACGCCGACCUCUACUCGGUCAACUUCCUGCACUGGGGCGCGCCCAAGGUGUGGUACUGCGUGGCGCCCAGCGCCAAGUACAAGUUCGAGCGCAUGGCGCAGAGCCUCUUCCCCGAGCUGCACCGCGCCUGCCCCGCCUUCGUGCGGCACAAGGACAUCAUGCUGUCGCCCUCCUGCCUGCGAACCUACGGAGUGCCCAUGAUGCGCGCAUGCCAGCGACCCAACGAGUUUGUCAUCCUCAACGCGGCAGCCUACCACGCGGGCUUCAACGCGGGGUUCAACUGCGCUGAGGCCAUCAACUUCGGGCUGAAGGAGUGGAUCCCGGUGGGCAAGGAGGCGGUGCCGUGCAGGUGCAACGCGCUGAAGGAUGUGGUGCGGAUCAGCAUGAAGCUCUUCGACCCCAAGUGGGUCGACCCCUACGAGACGCCCACCGAGUCGGAGGAAGAGGAGGAGUCGGAGGAGGAGGAGGAAGAAGAGGAGGAGUCGGAGGAAGAGGAGGAGGCGGCCGGUGUGAAGACCCGACGAGGCCGCCGCUCGCAGCCGCCCGCCAAACGAGCCAAGACGAGUGCUGCAGCCGCCGCUAGCAAGACGCGAGGGAGCGGCAGGAAGAGUAAGAAGGAGGCGAGUGAGGAGGAGGAAGACGAGGAGUCGGAGGCGUCGGAAGUGGAGGAGACUGAGAAGAAGCCGCGACAGCGCAGGGCGACUGCAAAGAAGGCCGCCGCCGACGCCGCAGAGACUAAGAAGACGAAGAAGAAUGCCAAGGCCGCGACAACGAAGGCGGCGGAGGCAGAGGAGGAGGAGGAGGCAGCGCCUGCGACGCGAGGACGGGGCCGAAAGGCUGCUGGUACCGCUGCGACCGGCACGACCACCAAGGCGGCAGGUCGCAAGAAGGCAGCAGCGACCCCCUCCAAGGGUGCGGCGGCAACCACGAAGACGAAGACGGCGACUGGCACCCGGGUUAAGAAGGCAGUGACGCUCAAAAAGCCGGCUGCCGCUGCCAAGACUACGAAGGCGGCGGCUGCGGCGGCAAAGGCGACGGCAGAAAAUACGGCAGUGAAGAGGGGGCGAGGCCGGCCGCCAAAGUCCGCCGCGGUCACUGAAGCGGUUGCGGGGGCGGAGGCGGUAACCAGGGCUGGUUGCGGAGGCCGCAAGCGCAAGGCAGAGAGCGAGCCGCCGGCGGCGGCGACGGAGGAGGAGGAAGAGAAGGCUGGCGGCAGUGGCAGCGGCAGCGGCGAUGAGGCUGACAACGAGCAGGAGCAGGAGGU